AUGUGGAUCGUAGCAAUAAUUCUCAUUAAUUGUAUCACAACGAUUGAAAUGAAUAAUCGGUUGUAUUCAACUAAACCAAAACUAUUCGAAAAUAAUACAAUCGUGUGUGCACCUGUGAAUGUUAGUCUACUGAAAGCUAUUGUGAUAUAUCCAACAUCUGAUAAUGUUAUCGGCACUAGUUGUGAACAUGUCGGUAUUCGAUGUUCAAACCAGAUCUGUAUCAAUCAAGCUAUUUGUUCUAUCAAUAACCAGUCAUGUCUAUGCCGAUUGGGCGCACAGGGUCGAGAUUGUUCAGUCAAAUGUAGCGAAUCGUAUAUUCAACCAAAUAUCUCUACAGAUCGUAUAGUAAAUGGUGAAAUAGCCGUGAAAAAUUCUUGGCCUUAUAUUGUUUACAUACAAAUUGGCGCGCAAGAUUGGUGUGGUGGAAGUUUAAUCUAUGCAUGGAGUGUUCUAACAGCUGCGCAUUGUACAUACGGAAGAGACACUCGAGAAUUUACUUUGUGGCUCGGUAUACAUAAGUUAGAUGAGCGUGAAAAUGAAAUGAAUCAAGGUAUUGUUGAAAAACGUUCUGUUCGACAUAUAUUCAAUCAUCUGGACUAUCGAAUUCGUUCAUUCAAAACUUAUCAACAUGGUUUAACAAUCCUACGUCUUUCGCGUUCAGUGCAGGAAACAGCUUUUAUUCGAUACCUAUGUAUUGUGUCAGAUGUUCAAUUGAAUGAUCAAAUAGAUGAUAUGAGACUUUUCCAAUCGAAAUUUAUGAUUUGUGCCAGAUCAAACGAUUUCAAAACAGAUUCAUGCCAAUGA